GUUCACGAUACGUAACGACGAGCUGCUGUGUGUCGAGACACCUUUGCGCAAUUCACGAGGGCAAGAUCGCGCCGUUCCCUAUCACGAUUCACGCGCGCUCGCCGUGGCCUCGAUUACGACCGCGUCAAACACGUGCCAUCCACUGGCUGAGCGGUCCCGCGCUAGUCCGGGGCAGCACACGAGGACGAACGACUCUCCGCGAGCAGGAAUACUUGGAAGUUGUACAACAGCACCACAGAAGAGCAACGGGCCGGUGCUAGAUAGCACUGCGGAUUCGAGGGCGCAAUGACCAAGUCCAAGAAGGACGUCAAGUUCAACCACCGGGAGAGGAGGAUGAGCAAGAGCAGCAUGUCGGACGUGAACUACGACUCACCGAGCGAAUCGAGGAGUCCCACGCGGAGAGUAAACGGCAACAAGCAUGGCGACCACAACGGUAACCUCAGCAGAUCUCGUGAAGACCUCAGACCAGGGAUAGGGCGAACGGAUACUACAGCUAGUGGGUGGCAGACAGAGAAUGAGGAUGACAAGCAAGAAGUGAAGCCUCAAUCCGAGUACGAAAAGAAGAAGCAGACUUUUAUCACCAGAGCCAUUUGGACAUUCGUGAUGAUAGCCAUUUUCUUCGGCGGAAUGUUCGCUGGCCACAUUUACAUGAUCAUCAUCGUGACUGCGUGUCAAAUCAUCUCGUUCAAGGAAGUCAUCAACAUUGCCAAUGUUCCCAGUCGAGCGCGAUCCUUACGCUUCACAAAAACGCUGAACUGGUAUUUCCUGGGGACCACCAUGUACUUUCUCUAUGGCGAGAGCGUCAUCUACUACUUCAAGCAUAUUGUCCUGAUUGAUCGCGUACUCCUACCGUUUGCGACACAUCAUAGGUUUAUCAGCUUCAUGCUCUACAUUUUGGGCUUCGUAUUCUUUGUUGGCUCUCUCCAGAAAGGACACUACAAGUUCCAGUUCACUCAGUACGCUUGGACACACAUGGCACUAUACCUGAUUGUCGUUCAAGCGCACUUUAUCAUGAACAACAUCUUCGAGGGCAUGAUCUGGUUUUUCCUGCCUGUCAGCCUGGUGAUCAUUAAUGACAUCUUUGCGUAUAUCUGUGGAAUCACUUUUGGCAAAACGCAGCUCAUCAAACUGAGUCCUAAGAAGACGGUCGAAGGAUUCGUCGGUGCAUGGAUCUGCACCAUCCUCCUGGGCUUCUUCUUCACCAAUAUCCUUAUGCGAUCCAAGUACUUCAUCUGUCCGGUCAACGACCUCGGCGCCAAUAUCUUCACUGGACUGCAGUGCGAACCGAACCCAGUCUUCAUUCCCCACACUUACACGCUGCCAUUCAUCCCACAUAGCUGGGACUUCUUGCCACGCACUCUGACAGUGUCGCCCAUGCAAUUCCACAUUGUCAUUUUGGCCUCGUUCGCAUCGCUCAUCGCGCCCUUUGGUGGAUUCUUUGCAUCCGGCCUCAAACGCACGUUCAACAUCAAGGACUUUGGAGACUCGAUUCCUGGACAUGGUGGAAUGACGGACCGCAUGGACUGCCAAUUCAUCAUGGGAUUCUUCAGCUUCAUGUACUAUCAAAGCUUCAUUGCACAGUACAAGGCCAGUGUCGGCGGUGUCCUGGAGACAGCGAUUACUGGCCUCUCGCCCGAGGAACAGAUGGUGUUGGUGAAGGGCUUGACGCAACAUCUCUACAACCAAGGCAAAGUUGGCCACCAGGUAAUAGAGUACCUGAGCGAGAAUUUGGUGGUCGCGCUGAAGAGAAGGUGAUGGAAUGUUUGAGCGAUGGACUUGCAUAAUGCUACAGCUUCGUUGAGAGAGAGAGAGAGAGAGAGUCCCAGACGGGUUUGGACUUGCGGGUAAUGUACGUGCUCGGUUCCAAGUGCACUUCAAUGUUGUUACAGUGUACAUAAUCGUCGUUGUCAUGGUCACGAGUGAGCUGAUGAGUUGGUUCAGGCGCUUCUCUAAUAUGAACACUACGUCGUGUAUGGAAGGGCUGGAUCCUUGUGAGACAACGAUUACAGUACCUGUACCUGGGGCACCUUACCUUACCUUACCUUAUCGCUGCAUGUGCUAGGUAUUGGAGGGAGAAUAAUCAGCGGGCACAGUACAUACAUCUACAUCCUGCACGGCAGUGUAUGCCAGCUGCCUGCCACCAACGAGACACACAGCUACCUUACACGUACCUUAGGAACCUUAGUAAGAAAGCCUACCUUUUCUCAUGCAUGAAGAUUGGAGAGUGCAUGAAGAGUGGAUCAUCCCCAGCCCUGAACCUGGCAACAGUCACCUCACACCAGAGCCGAGAAAGCCAGAACUCACGCCAUGACGGAAGUCUUAGGGUAACCUCCAACUUGCCUUCCCACUUCCAUGGCUGGCGGGCAUGCUCAACCUGGAAAGGCGCCAGAUGGUCACCUACUGCCUUCACGGGUCUGAGCCUAUGAGGUGUUCAAAUAUUUCAAAGUUGGGAGUCCACUCCACCUGCUGGCAGCACCUUGAACACUUUGAAGAUGCACGGAGUGACGGAGUCUGCAAGGCCGAUGUAUACAGUACCUAGAUCGACUGUCCCAGCUGCCCAGCCCCAGCGCCAGCACACAAUUAUCAUCACCACACCACCUCGCCGAUCGGCAGCCGGCAGCCACCGUCUCGCACUAGUUUCACUUCUACAGAACUACCCCGCAGCCCCAC